AUGGGUGCAACUAGGGGCUUUCUAAUCGCAGCAAUGCUCGCCAUAUCAGUGGCCGGAUUUCCUUCGUUCGCCGAAGCUCGAUCGCUGUCACCGGUGCCGGCUCCUUCCAGCAAUGGUCCAUCAUUUUCAAUCGAUGAAGAGAGCAAAUCCGUCAAGCAAGAACACACCGAAGUGGAAGAAGAGAAAAUCAUGGGUAUCAUAAUACCACUAUUAAUUUGGGGAGCAGCACAACAAAAUCAAACUGAUGUUUUGGAAUCAUCUGCACCAUUGAUACAAGCUUCGUCUUUCUCAUGGAAAAGAGUUUUGGUUUUAGGGCAUGUAUUUGGAACGAGAACGAGACCCACUGUUGAGUCUCUCGAUUUUGGUCGGACGAUAUUAGGCAGCAACAAAAAAAUCACUACACUGUUGGAGGAAACUUACAAUUGCACUUGGUGGUUGGUCGGUGCUACAGCAGCAACCGGCGGUGGUGAUGAUCGGAGCUCCACAACAGUGGCGACCUGCUAUGGUGGUCGGAGGUUGCUCCGGCAGCCUUCGGCCUCGUUUUUAGUUGGGUUCUGA